AUGCUUCCAAGGGUAAAAUGCAGAUUUGAGAAAACAGAAAGUUCAAAUUUCGAGGAAAAUACUGAUAACCAUCAAAAUAGUAAAAAUGGAAAAUUAUUGGACUCUGAAAAUGUAUCCAUGAAAAAAAUAAGGAGUGUAUUAUAUGAUGAAGCAAUGAAUUAUAGUGAAACAAAUACAUAUUAUAAAAGCUCAAAUAUUCAUAAUUAUAAUAAUAUAAAUGCAUAUAUCAAUUAUAUAAAAAAAACAAACUAUACAAGAAGUUAUGAACAAGAAAAUAUUUAUAACGAAGCAUUACUUUUGUAUAAUAAUCGAAAUGCCUAUAUAAGAAAUGCAUAUAGAAAUGAUGAAUAUUUAGAUAUUAAAAGAAAUUUAAAAAAAGGAAAAUAUUUUGGAGAUAAUGAUGACGAUGAUUUAUUUGAUGAAAAAAACGAUACCAACCAAAUAAACAAACACAAAGAUACACAUGAAUAUGAUGUGGGAAAUACAGACAAUAAUGAAAUUAAUAAAAAUAAUUUAAAAAAAAAAAAAAUUGAGUAUGAACAAUUAUAUAAAGAACGAAAAAAAGAACGUGCUAUGAAAUUUGCUGAAAAAUAUGGAGAUUUAUUUUAUGAUGAAAAAGAUAAAAUAAUAAAUGAUAAUGGUGAUUUAAAUAACAACCAAAAUAAUCGUAUGGGAUUUAUUGCAUCUGGUAAUGGACAUAUUCAAAAAAAUAAUAAAAACCAAGGAAGUUCUACUAAUAUAUUAAAUGAUUUACUUGAGUUACAUAGUAUGAAAAAUACAGGAAGUUUUUGUGAUGAAAAAGAAACAAAUUUUUUAGAAACAUUAGUUAAAUUAAGAUAUGCACCUGAGCAAAUAUCUAAAUUAAGUGAUUUAUUUGAAAAUCCUAGAACCUUAAAAAAUGUAAAUAUAAAUUUAUUAAAAUGGCUAGAUAUGCAAUUAAAUAAAGGCUAUUGGCUUGAAAGAAUUUCACUAUUUUUAUUAGGAUUAGCAAUAUCUAUAGGAGUUGGAAAUAUUGAAACAAUAUGGAUAUUGAUGACAACAUGGCAUGGUGUUGUAUUUUUAUUGCCUUAUGUAUUAUGUUAUAUGCUUGUAUGUCAUCCAAUUUUAAUGUUUGAAUUAUAUAGUGGGCAAUUAGUUAGAAGUUCAUCACCCUUUAUAUUUUAUAAAUUAUUAAAACCAUGUGCAUCUAUUGGGUUUGUAGCUUUAUUUUUAUGCCUAUUAAGUAGCUACAUUCAUACAUAUAGGACAGCAGCAGAAUAUCUUAUAUAUUUGAUAAACUCAUUUAAACAUGACUUGCCUUGGAAAUUAACUCAAAACGAAAUCGAUUUUUGUACACAAAUUAAAAAGGAUGCUAUUACUUGUUUAAAACAUAGACCCUUAUGUUUAUUUUCAAAAUCAAUUUCUUCUUGUGUACCUAAUAAUAUAGGAAAAGCUUUUUUAAUUUAUCAUGAUAAAUUUUUUCCAAACAAUAACAAAUAUACAUUUUUAUUAAAUUUAAAUAAAAAAAAAAAUUCCAUUAAUAUUUUUUCAAAUUCAGAUUCAUAUAUCGAUAAAGAUAGCUUUGUUUUUUUAUUAUUUUGCAAUCUUUUGGCAACAUUUUUCCAGUUACUUGGUAUGACAAAUUUUGCUUUUUCAGUUGCCCUUGUUCUUUUACUUUUGGGAUUUUUAUCAAUCACAAAAUUUAUAGCUCUUUUCAAUUUAAAUAGUGUUAUGGAAGCCUACUUUUAUAUUCUAAAAAUGUGGAAAUUUUCAUACCUUUAUACUUAUUCAUCUAUAUGGUCGCAAUGCAUGAUGUAUGCUCUUUAUGAGAUGUCAAUUGGAAUGGGCAUUUAUUCUUCGCUUGCUACAAAAACUAGAAUUGGAUCAAAUUUGGCUUUUGAUGGACAAGCCAUUGUCGUUGGAAAUUCUGUUAUUUCCAUCCUUGUGUUUUUUUCAGCAGUGGCAAUUAUUGGGUUUACAUCCAAAAUAAUGAAAUCCAGUUUUGUUGAAAUUCUUGAAUUUUCAAGGAGGGAUUGUUCGUUUAUUCUUUUUCCAGUUGGAUUUUCGAAUCUUCAAAGGACAGAGAAAACAUUAUGUAUGCUAUACUAUGGAUCAUAUACAAUACUAUCAUGUGCUACACUCGCUAUUCAACGAGAAGUUUUUAUUAUAUCCAUGAAAGACUUCAAAUUCAGCAAAAAUUUUAAUAAAAUAACAUUUGUUUUGAUGUUUACAUUAUUAUUUUUUGUUUUUUCCUUUUUUAUAUCUACAAAAAAUUCAAAAGACAUUAUUUGGUUUUUAUCAUUUACAAUUUCGGAUAAUGGAAGAAUUCUAGUUGCACUUUUGAUAUGUAUUGUUUUAGGGUGGUUAUAUAAUAUUGAAUAUCAGUACAAGCGUCUAACUUCGAGAAGCGUAUUAGUAUUCAAUAUUACAUACUGGAUUUUAAAUAUUUUUUUCAGUAUUUUAUUUAACUACUUACCUUACCAUGCAUAUAUAUUAUAUAUUAUCAGAAUUGUAAUUUUUAUAUUUAGUACAUGUAUUUCUAUUAUUGUGUUAAAAUCUCAAAUAAAUGAAAUGAAAGGGAAGCAAAGACAGAUACACGACAAUCUAACUUAUAAGGAAAUACUAUACAUAUUGUACCUAGGAAACAUCGAAUGUUUAAGAAAAGAGAUUCAAAGAAUAAUAAGUGGAAACGCAAUAAUAGGAAAUAUAACUAUGAUGUGGUCUAUUUGUAUAAAAUAUAUCGGGACAUCUAUUUUAUUAUCAGCUUUAAUUGAAUAUGUAGAUGGUGUUUUUUAUAGCACAGAAUUAAGAAUGAAAAUCCAUGAUAUUCAUUAUGGAUGGGUUGUUUUUGCCAUUUUAGUUUGGGUUUUCAUUUUCCUUUUUUUAUUUUUAUUCCCUAUGUUUACAAAGACAUUUGAAAACAUGUUUAUCAAUAAAGAUUAUUUUGUAAAUUUCAGUUUAUUACCUUCGAAACCACUAACCAAAAUACAACAUUUCAAUAUUUUUUCAUAUUUUUAUGAAUUUGGAAAUUCAACCAAAAAAAAAGAAUAA